GGUUCUGAGGACAUAUAUUAUACAAAGCGUUUUUUUAUUUUUAUAAAAAGACUUUCUUAAGGUUUGGUUCUCGUACCUUAACCAUUUUUAACGAAGCGAAAUCUUUCGUAAUAUUUCAAUACCAUGACACGUUACAACUUUAUGAGUGUAAUGGAGGAUCUGGCUGUGGAGUUUACGGUGAGCAAGGAGCGUCACCAACGCUUCAUCCACGAUUCACGAAUGCUGUCCUUGGCCAUUCAGAAGCAGUUGCAAAGCGAUGGUGCGGUUUUUAAAGAUUACCUGGGGCAGCUACACAAAACGGCCGCCCAUGUGAACAACUUGAGCCUGGAUAUGCCGCUGAACUUCGACAUCUUCCUGCCCAUCCGCCUGCCGGUGGCAGUGGUGCCCAGUUACGAUGAGGAGCGACGCAGUGUGGGAUUCACCAGGGCCAACUAUCGCCACCCGUUCUUCUUCGGCAAUGCGGUGAAUGCCCAGAGCAUGAAUCUCCUCCUCCAGCGGGAACUCCAGGUGGCCAUCUCCAAACUUAAGACUGUUACCUCCUCCUGCACCAAGAGGAUCUACGAUCUGAAGUACUCGGUGCUGAGCUUCAACCAGGUGCCCUUCGUCCACCAAGUGGUGGCCAUGGAGCGCCACAGCAACCGGCAGCGUUUCAUCCGCUUCGACUUUGUCCUGGCCGUGGAAUUCGAUGGCGCCGAGAUGACUCUGCCGCCGUAUUUCGGGGCAUCCAUUGGUAAUCGUUGGAUCGCCUAUGGACUGUUGAGCGUCGAUGGCGAUCCCAACCCGGCCGAGUGGGCCGUCCUGGUGCCCAAGUUGCAGGACUCGUCGCCGGGCGAAUGCCUCAUCGCCCUCAACUGCAUGAUCAUGCUGUUCCGCCUGCUGAGCGCCCAGCAGUGCCACUGCUUCGCCCUGCCCGCCUCCGUAAAGUUUGCCUUCGUCAUGGCCGCCGAGGAGCGCGGACUGGACUUCCAGCGCAUGAGCAUCGCCGACUUGACCGUCACGACCCUGUUCCACCAGGUGUUCGGGACCCUGUACCAGGCGGUGGCCAAGAACACCAGGGGCGACCAGGCCACCCGGAGCAGUCGGCUGAUGGCCAUCCGGAAGCAGCAGCUGCGGGCCAAAGGCAUCUACGCCAUGCUGGCGGAUGCGGUGCUCCGGAACUCGAUCACCAGCGAGUUUGUCAACGCCUUCUUCUGGCACAUCCACAUCUCGCCGCCCCCGGAAUGCUUCUAUCAGUCCCUGGUCGAGGUAAGGAACACCGAUACGGCUUUGAAGAGAAAGCGGAGCACCUCUUGAAGUCCUAAGCCUGCAAAGUUAAAUUGACCAGAACGAUGGGUGGAUGGGUGGAGGAACACAUGGAAAACAACCCCAAGGAGUGGCUUCCCUUGUUGAUUUUUUGAAAUUUGAGCACUACUGUAAAUUGGUCGAGCAGUUUGUGGGAAUCCCCUAUUUGCCCCGCCAUCGUCUUAGUGUCAAAUCUCGGUAAUUGUGCAACUUUAAUGCCAAAAAAAAAUGAAAAACAAGUGGAAAUGUCGGAGGAGAGCUCACACAGAUACAAAAUACACACAGGGAAACACAGACAGAGACAAAAGUUAAUAAAA